AUGUUCCACGGCGGCAAAAUUCCUGCCGGGUGCUUCGUACGAUACGUAAUUGACUACUUCACCGGGGUAAUACCGGCUCCCUCUCUGUUAAAUCGUACCGAACCGACCCCACAAACGCAAAUGGGAGACGCUCCGAGUGAAUCCUCCGCCGCCGCCGCACCACCCAGUGUCCCGCAACACGCCCGGGCCGCACUGAUCGCGUCCUUCGGCCCGGAGCUCACAUUGACCGACAGCCACCCCGUCGUGCAGCCCAGCGCGCUCAAGCCCGGACAGUGCCUCAUCAAGAUCGAUUACGCCGGUGUGUGUCAUUCGGACGUGCACAUCAUCGAAGGCGGAUGGGGGCCGGUCGACUUCCCGCGCGUCGCCGGGCAUGAGGGGAUGGGACGCGUCGUGGCCAUCGGCGCGAACACCGUCGGGAGUCCGGUCGCUGUGGGCGACCGGGUUGGGAUCAAGUGGUUGGCGACGACGUGUUUGAACUGCGAAAUGUGCCGGACGGGAAAUGAGCCCUGCUGUGCGAUAGCUAAGACGAUGGGGCACGGGUAUCAAGUCGAUGGGUGCUAUGCGGAUUAUCAGGUCUCGUAUGUGGACUACGUCACUCCGAUCCCCGCCGAGCUCGACAGCGCUGCAGCAACACCGCUGCUGUGUGCAGGAGUGACGAUCUACAAGGCACUCAAGGAAAGUAACCCAAAGGUAGGAAACUGGGUGGCCAUCCCAGGCGCCGGAGGUGGACUCGGGCAUUUGGGAAUCCAAUACGCCGUCGCAAUGGGUCUCCGGGUCAUCGCCAUUGACACUGGAGAGGCGAAACGCGAUCUCUGCCUCGCCCUCGGUGCCGAGAAGUGGAUCGACUUCAAGGAGAGCAAGGAUCUCGUCCAGGACAUCCAAGCCGCGGCGGAUGGACUCGGCCCGCACAGCGCCGUGAUCGCCGCAUCCAAUCCCGGCCCGUUGGACCAAGCCGUGCACUACAUCCGGCCCAAGGGGACGAUUGUGGCCGUCGGACUACCAUCAGGGCCGGUCAAGAUGACGGUCGGGGUGUACACUCUCAUCGCAAAGUGCAUCACGAUUGUUGGGUCUGCGGUCGGGAGCCGCCAGGAUGCGAUCGAGGCCCUGGCCCUCGCUGCGCGUGGCAAAGUCAAGUGCCAACUCGUCGUGCGUCCGUUCGAGCAGGUCAACUCCUGUCUCUCAGAACUCUCCGCGCAAACGGUCGCGGGGAGGAUUGUAUUGAAGAUGUAGAGGAUGAAAUGUUCAAGAUGUGUAUUGCUAGGAGACAAGCUAUAGCGAAUAGUAUCUUCAGAAGGCUGGAAAAGUCGAAGACGGUUCUGUGAAGUAAGUGCGGUCAUCACUUGCAACCUAUCUGGUAGGAUACUGCACGCACCUCGUCCUGAAUUGUCUACUGCAAGUACCGGAUAUAAUAACAGACAAAAUGUUCCGCAUUGUCGAAGUCACAGGCUCUGGUGAUUCUAUGGCUCACGUCCCACGGGAUCGUGGCAGGUAUCACAUCGUCCACGAUGAGGAGCAGUACGAUCUUCGCCGCCCCCGCGUACUCGACUUUGAGUUCCGUUGUCUUGCCGGUCUUGGGAUUCCCACCAAGCUUGAUUAUAUCCUCUUCCGCGCGUUGGUUCGCCCGCGCAGCCGUCUCAGUGUUCAGACUGCACUUGAUCUCCACAAUGUGCGACACAGCGCCUGUGGCGGAAGCGUCCGAGAACGAGUUCCGACACAAGAGUUCUGGGUAGUCAAUCCACGAAUGACAGGGAUAAGCUUUUAGAAUUGACUAGUGUACCGAUCGUACACUCCUAGGUACUUAUACUACGAUCAAACUAUCUACGUAAAUACGAACAAUCAUUGAUGGGGAGUCAUUGCGGUCAGGUAAGCAAGAGGAGGGAUACAACCGUCACAUACGCCCUCCAGCUCGGCGCUCGCGGCGAGCUCAAGCCAUUUCCUCAUCACCCCCCGCUGCUCCCACCGCAGCGGCCGCACCCCCCGCGGCCAACCGAUUCGCUCUCGCCUCCUCGAUACGCUGGCGACGCUUGGCAAUCAUCGCUCCGCCGUUGACUCCGGUCGCGUAAUCCUCCGUGGAUGCGGGUAUGUCCCUCUCAGCGAGACGUCGCUCUCUCGCCUUCCGGAUGGCGCGAUCUCGUCCAAUAAUGGCCUCACGGCCUUCCUCAUACUCGGCAACGGUGAUGGUGAUCAUACCCGGGGCGUCACGGCCAGCCAUAAUGUCGUCCGAGCACAGGCCAUCGUGAACCGUGGGAACGUACUGUUCGGCAAACACAAUCCCCCCGCUCUCAUCCACCGACGCGAACGACCAACUUUUGUUGUCGUACCGGUUGCACGCCGCUCCGAGCUCCGCGAUACCAAUCGGUCCUCGGCCGUACACCGUGCCGUCGAAAUCCGGGUUGUUGACCGCUUCGUUCCACAGUAAGCACUGCCGGAACUGAUGUGCCGUCAGGAGAGCGUCGCCGUCGUUAAGAUGCACGAGAAGGACGCCGGGCGCUACCCAUUUCAGGGUACCCUUGUGCUUGGCGUUAAACUCGAGGUGCUGCGGGGUGAGGGGUUCUCCCAUAUUCGUUUUGUCGCUGACCACGUUGCCCGCGUACGCAUUGGGUUUCUGGGGAUUCGUCAUUUCGCGGAAAGGCAGGGCAGGCAGAAGGGGCGGGCAGGAUUCCUGAGCACCUGGAACCGCAUGCUCCCGGACUGCAGGUCGAUCGCUGGGGCCUCGCUCGCCCCCUUUUUCAACUGAGACACGUCGCUAAUCCCCAGGAUUUCAAAGUAAUCCUGCAAGACGUUCAGUCUACUCACUUGUUGAUAGGGCAUCCACGUUAGGUCGCCGGACUUCCAUUUGACCUCGAAGAGGGCUCGGCGUCGGCUCCCCGCAUGUCCAACCACCUUCUCCACGGCCCACUCGGAGUCUGUGGCCGCGUCCGCAACAUUCAGUUGAUUCUCCAUGCGGCCAGGGAACCGCCGAUCGUCGUUUGGUUAGGGGGCAGGUCAACCCGGAAUGAAGAAUUCCCGAAAUCCUGCGUUAUGCGAUACGGGCCUAUGAAUUUGGGGAGUAACUUGCGUGCCAGCCCCUUUUCAAAAUGUAUAUUCUUCGUACUAAGAUAUACCAGGUCGUCCUUCACGAACGGCGCCGGAAUCCUUUUGCGAUUUGCCGUUCGGAUGUGUUUCACCCGGGACGCCAAUAUGGCAUCGUGUGCUGCCAUGAUUGCCAGGCGCCGCUGGAGUAAGAAUGUGGCUACCCCGGGAAACUCCUUUGAUCGAUAGGAGUCCCAUAGUAACGAUCUCGGCAUCAUUCCGUUAUUCAGAAAGAACGGAGAAUACCCGGUGGUCUCUGACCGGGCCAUGUUCAUGGCGAACUCGACGGCCGUAACUGGGUAACCGUCCUGUUAGCACGCUCAGUCGCUCCGUCGGUCUCUGGGUGAUACGCGCUCGACAUCUUCAACUCUGUGCCCACGAGAUCGUGCAAGCGCUGCCAGAACGUGCUGGUGAACAGCACGUCCCGGUCGCUUACAAUUGCAUUUGCAGUGUAAUUCACUCGGCAGGGUAUCAGGUGAACCAUUCCAGUCAGAAGGCACACGACCACAGCGAUGGAAUUAAAGACACUGUCUCUGUUCUUGGAGUCAGGUAAAGGCCCCACAAAGUCGACUCCAAUGGCUUCCCAUGGUCGGUGGGGAGUGGAAAGAGGGUUGAGCAAGCCAUAAGUAGGCCUUCACGUCGUGUACCAAGUCUUUCCACCAUACGUGCUCUCGAAUAUAAUCUACCGUUUUCCGAGCCCCGAGGUGUGCCAGGACAGAAUGCGCCUCUGAUAUGACAACCUCCCUGAUGGAGCGCCCGUUGUAUUCCAGCUUAGGGAUGCACAGUACCAUGUGGUCCUUGUCUUUCAUGUAAACCAGCCCGUCCUUUAUCUCAAAGUUCUUAUGUUCUUU